AAUAAUUUAUUAACUACAAUUAAGGCAGGAGAUUUUCCGCUUUUGGAAAGUUUACACAUUUUAUUAGUUAAAAGGAAUCAAAUAAGUGAAAUUACUUCCGGUGCUUUAUCAAAUUUAACUCGUUUAAAAGUUUUAGAAUUAGAUGAUAAUGUGUUAAGUUCAGUGCCUGUUGGCUUGGAGAAUCUCGUGAUGCUGCAGGAACUGUCAGCAUCCGGUAACCGUAUCCGAUGGAUCUCAAAGGAUGAUUUCCCGAAAAGUCUAGUCACACUUGAGCUCAAAUCUAAUCCGCUAGUUGGCAUCAAACCCGGUGCACUGCAGAACAUGCCACGACUACGAAAGCUAAUACUUUCCGAUGUUCGAGGCCUCCAAGAACUACCUCCACUAGAUGGCUGCACUUCGCUGGAAGUGCUGCGGAUCGACAGAGCCAACCUUACCAAACUACCUGAUCAUAUUUGUAAGACUUCACCACGCUUAAGGAGUUUAGACUUGAAAUCCAAUAGAUUGCGAAUCAUUCCAAAUGUGACAAACUGUCGUGAUUUAAGAGUUUUAGAUUUAGCGGGUAAUAGCAUAAGCUCACUCCACGGAGCCCCCUUCUCUAGUCUCAGCCAGCUGCACGAUCUGCUGCUGUCGCACAACGAAAUCGAAUCGAUUCCGCACGAUGCAUUCGUUGGCCUCUUUCGAUUGCAAGUCCUCGACAUGGAAGCAAACCAUAUCUACUUCAUCCACCAGGACGCCUUCAGGCCGCUAAUCAAACUGGAAGAUUUAAACCUGGGAAACAAUAUGUUUCCCAAUCUUCCCACGGCAGGCCUGGCACGUCUGCUACACCUGAAAACGUUCAACAAUCCAAACCUAAGGGAAUUCCCACCACCGUUGUCCUUUCCCCGCAUUCAAACGCUGGUGCUCUCCUACGCCUACCAUUGCUGUUCGUUCCUGCCGCUGGUGGCCAGUGCCCCGAAAGUUCCUAAACAUCAUCCCAUCAAGGAGGAGGUCCUCUUCCCGACUGACAACGAGUUCGAUAUGAGCUUGUGGAACAACAGCUACAACGACAUCUGGCCACAACUACACAAUCUGAGCAAAAAGUUCGGAACGCAGAUAAACGAGCUGCUGCACGCCUACGGCCCCGAAUACUACCCAGGAGGGAUGCCCACUUAUCCGGAGGAGUACUUUGAAGAGGAAGGCGGCGCCAGCCAUCCGAUUCCCACGGCCCAACCGGGUACGAUCCAAUGCGUACCGGAGCCGGGACCUUUCAUGCCCUGUCAGGACCUCUUCGACUGGUGGACGCUUCGUUGCGGCGUAUGGGUCGUGUUCCUACUGGCGAUGCUUGGCAACGGAACGGUUGUGUUCGUGCUGAUCUUCUCCAGAUCGAAAAUGGACGUGCCACGGUUCUUGGUGUGCAACUUGGCAGCUGCAGAUUUCUUCAUGGGGAUUUACUUGGGGUUUUUGGCGGUGGUUGAUGCUUCCACCCUAGGAGAAUUCCGAAUGUAUGCUAUACCGUGGCAGAUGAGUGCCGGAUGCAAGCUGUCCGGAUUUCUGGCGGUAUUAUCAUCGGAGCUGUCAGUUUACACUUUAGCUGUGAUUACACUGGAAAGAAACUACGCCAUUACCCAUGCCAUGCAUUUGAACAAGAGACUAUCAUUGAGGCAUGCCGGCUACAUCAUGACCAUAGGAUGGACAUUCGCCAUAACUAUGGCAAUUCUUCCCUUGUUUGGAGUUUCAGACUACCGGGUGUUUGCCGUAUGUCUUCCAUUCGAAGUCACCAACGGAACCGGUAGCUUAGCCUACGUCGUGUUUCUAAUGUUUAUCAACGGAGUAGCUUUUCUCAUAUUGAUGGGGUGCUACUUGAAGAUGUAUUGCGCUAUCCGAGGUUCCCAAGCAUGGAACUCCAACGAUUCGCGAAUAGCAAAGCGAAUGGCGCUGCUAGUCUUUACCGACUUUAUCUGUUGGUCUCCCAUAGCGUUCUUCUCGUUGACAGCCGUUUUCGGGCUGCACCUAAUCUCUCUAGAGCAAGCCAAAGUAUUCACAGUUUUCAUUCUACCUCUCAACUCCUGUUGCAACCCGUUCCUCUAUGCCAUCCUUACUAAACAGUUCAAGAAAGACUGCGUCCUCAUCUGCAAGGCAAUUGAGGAAUCUCGCGUAACGCGAGGCAUCGGUCGCUGUCGGCACAGUUCCAACUUCAGCAACCGUCACACACCUGCCAACACCAAUUCGCUGGUGGAAAGAUCCUCUCGCGAGCUUCCGCCACUACUGCCAGGUCAGACGUGUAACUGUUCGGCGAAACUCAUGGAACAAGAAAAUCUGCGCCGACGCCUCCAACAGCAGAGUACAUUCUCCAAAACGUGGCGCAGGUUACUGUGCAAUCUCGGUCAGCGAAACGAUGGUCGCCGUGGCAGACGGAACGGUGACCAGUAUGCGUACCAAAUCGCAGAAAUCCAACAGAAGCAGCACAAACGUGCCGGAUCCGUAUCGUCCAGCGAAAACUUCAGUUCGUCUCGGUCGGAUUCGUGGCGGCACGCUCAGCACCACUGUGGUAUUCCUCUUCGACUUCUGGAUCCUCGGCGGAGGCACACUUCAUGGUUGAUCACAAGGAAAACCUCCCAGGAUUCGAAUCUGUCCAGUUCGCGGAAUGAUUCCUCCGGGUCUACUGCCACGCAGAGUACGGGAACGUGGCGGAUAUCGCGGUCCAGUGCCAGCAAUUCGGUGGUGCUGCCCGGGGUGAAGAUUGAUGGCGUUCCACAUCCACAUCAUACAAGUGGCGCCCGUCAAUCAAUCCCCGGUGGAAAGCCUCGCCUCGUGCGCCAGUCAGCCGUUCAGGACGACACACAGGAACUGUCCUGUUCGCCGCCACGGCUCGGUGUGCGUUUCCUGCCCACAAUCCCGUCGGCAGCCGACAGCAGUAUUCAGCUGGAUGACGACACCGCCGAAGCCCAUUCGAGCCCCUCGUCAUGCCACAGUGAGCCCGCCAUUUGCGAUGCGGAUGUGGAGGCGGCUGCUGGCGCGGCCGGUUCCGGUCCCAGCGGUGGUGGCCAACAACAGCAGCCACAACAGCAAAGCAUGUCCCCUGCUCCUUUCUACGCCAUCCUUCACGCGGGAAAUCCUCAGGCAACUGUCUCUAGUCUCAAAGAUAAAACAAAGCCACCGUGAGCGGCCGGGGAGCUGCUUUAGAGUUAAGGAUACCGCGCUAGAACAAGUAUUGAUCUUCUCGCUUCCUCUCUUUCCUCUUGUUUUAUGUUUCGGUUUCUAAAGUGCUUACUCAGAGAUGUUUAAUUAGUCAAAAAGGCCCCAUUAAUUGGAUUUCUAUCGGUGAUGGGGAAGCGCUCAAAGUGAACAUCAUUUUCGACACGAUUAUCCGGCGGUCGAUAUGAAUUUUAUCUACUUACAUACUAUCUAGCGAUAAUGAAAAUCCGAACCAGUGUGAUACUUGAAAGAAUACUUUUUACUUGUAGGAUAUAUAUUGGUAAUAAUUUAUUGUAAAAAAAUAGGUUAGAUUAAUCAUAUGACAAAUCGGGCAUUCAUAGAAAAGGAACAAAGAUGAGUGAUGAAAGUUCGACAAUUUAGGUAUUUUUAUUAUUUUUCUUUAUUAUCGAGAUUUUCAGCCCUCGGCUGGUUCAUCUCAAUUUAGGUAAUUUUUGUAAUUUGAAGGUUGAACAAAAUAAUAAUUUUCAUAUGCUUUUUAACUUCAGUAUUUUAUAGUUCUUUAUGUGACUAGUUUCAAAAAGUUGAUUUUUUCAGCACGAGUCGUACAUUGAUCAAACAAGCUUGCCGAAGAGUGCUGCAAAAAUUGAGUUUUGAAACGAAUUACAUUUAAUAUUUUUUGCGGAGACUUCACUGGAUAUUCACUGGAAUAUCAUGAUUUGAUUCAGUAUUAUCGUGUUUUCCGAGGAUUUAAUAGGAACACCCACGUGUUGUAUCAUAAGCAAGCCGUGCAGAUUUUUAAGCUAAUACCGUGGAAACACAGGUUGUUUCCAAAUCCAAACAUUUACAUUAUGGUAUGCAAAUGAAAUAAGUUGCAUUAUGAAUCAUAAUGCAACUCAUUCGAAUAGUGAGGAAAAGUAGGCCGGUAAGAUACCAAAACGGCAAGUGUAAAAUUAAAUUUAAAGUGCCUACACUGAAAGACGGCUUGCGGUAAUGACCAUCAUAAAAAUAUUUUCAAAUUUACCAUGGCAGAACAUGAUAAUCGACCAACAAACGCUUCUUGUGUGUAUUUUGUUUGCUGCCAUAUCAACCGGUUCGACAGCCUAGUGGUGGCGUGCGAGCCUGGUGAUCUCAAGGUUUUUGGUUCGAAUCCGGUUGUCAACUAAAACUUGUUUCAAUUGUUGAAAUGAAACAAAAAUCAGUCUGCAAAAAUUUAGUGGCGUUAUGUAUAUUAAAUUGUGACCCUCAGGGCCUCAGAAUAGUAAUUUCAACCGCAAGUCGUCUUUCAGUCUAGUUGCAAAAACUGAUUUUAUUGCAUUUGUUCUAUAGGGGGUUUGCUUUUGAAGUUCCCUUAGGGAGUUCCGUAAGGAAGUUCCCUUAGGAUUCCCUAAGUGCCCAGAUAGCCAUAGCGAUAAGCGCACGGGUAUUCAGCAUGAUCAUGCUGAAGAUGACCGAUUAAAAUUUCCGAUUGAUCUAGGAACUUUUUGUUUACUAAGUAAUGGGUUUCAAUGCAAACUAUCCUCAAAAGAAAUUUUUCUAUAUUGAUAUUUGAGAGAUUCCAUGAAGACGUUCUGAGGGAUUUUUUUUUCAUAAAUUCCUGCGCCCCAUUUGGAUCGUUUUUGCUGAUCAUGACGAUAUAUUUUAGUGAUUAGGUAAAAUAUCAGUCCAAGGACCAGCAUUAUGUCCGUACCGGGAAAUUUUCUAAAAUUCAUGAUUGUAAAAUAGAGUCUACCUUUAGGAGUUGCUUAGAGAUUUCUUCUAAAAUUUCUUAAAGAAUUUCGUUAUUAUUGCAAGAACCCAUUUCAUGACUUCAGCAAAAAUUCUCCAAAGCUACCUCCAGGAAUUCCUUUUUUAUUUUUCUAGGAGUUUCACCAAAGAUUGUUGCACAAAAUUCUCAAGAGGUUCCUUUGAAAAUUGAUCCUAAAAUUUUUCCAGCGAUCCCUUCAGAAAUUCCAACUUUUAAUUUGCAGGGAUGAUUUCAGAAAUUGCUUGAGCUUCAAGAGAUUCUUUUCUGGAAUUCCAUCUGAGAUUCUCUCAAAUAUAACUUUAAAAACUUCUCCAGAAAACUAUCACUUGAUUCGUCUUAUAAGUUCGUCAUACUUUCCUCCACGAAUUGCACCACAAUUGGUACCUUUCCAAUAGAUUCUUUCAGAUUUGUUGCAGGAAUAACUUUAGAGAUUCUUUCAGAAAUUCUUCCAAAAAUCAGUACCGGGUUUAUUUUUUGUCGUUUCUCCAGGAAUAUGUCAAGAAAUUAAUUAUGGCAGAGCAUUCUCCACAUUUCUAGGCCUUCCUUUGUGGAUUCCUUCGAAAAAUUUAAUUUCCUUAGAAGCAUAGUAUAGUGAUUUCUUCAAGAAUUCUUCCAGAUUUGUUUCAAAUUUAUACUGGGCUGCCUCCAGAAAUUUCUCUAGCGAUUAUUUAAGAAUAUGUUUCAUAAUGUCUACAGUUCCUGCUCAGAUUCCUGCAGAAAUUAUUUCAAGGAUUUUUUAAGGCUUACUACUGAAAUUCCUUAAGAAUGUUCUUUUCAGAGACUUCUUCAGGAUUUUUUUUCUUGAGAUCCUCCAAAAGUUUUACAUAAAAUUGUUCUAAGAAUUCCUCCAGAAUCAUCACAAGAUGUUCCCCAGGUAUUAACCAGAAAUUCUUGCAGAAAUUUCUUCAUAAAAUUUUAUUUAGUAAUCUCUUAUGGAAUUUUUCAAAAAAAAAAAUCAAUCUUGGAAUAUCCAGUGCACAGUGGUCCACGAACCAUAUUUACGAGGAAAGAUGCAUUCAACGCCUUCGAACGAGUUUUUAGACAAAUAUGGUCUUCUACAAAGUUGUCCCUAAUAAUAAGGCCCUCUUUCCAAUGUGAAUGAAAAUUAGGGUGGUCCAUGUUUUCAAAGAAACUGGGAAUCAAACUUUUUUAUUUGCAAGUAUAACGUUGUACAUUCUUCGGGAAAGUUGUAGAUCUAUCAAUUUUGAGCAAGUUUGCUGAAGACACUAUUUAUGUGGCUCUAAAAUUGACCGAUCUAGAGGAUUUUUUUCCGAAUUAGCUUAGGGUGGUUCAUGAAAAACCGGUUUUCUGGCGUUAACUUUUUCAGUUUCGAU